CAAGAUGGUCCCAAUUUCAGCUAUACUUACAUAACAGUCAUAGUUUGAUGGAUCAACUUCUCUGAAGAACCUGUGCAUGACCACACUAGCAGUAGCCAAAUUCCAUCACAUCAAUAACAUCCUUCAUGUUGGGAAAGUUUUCCUUCUGGACAAGAACAAGGAUAAUGGAAUAUUUCCAGCAGUGUUUUGAAGGGUACUUCUGGACCCCUUUAGAGGUAAGAACUGCUAGAAAAACUGUAUGUCCAGUUGUCCACACCAGCGUCGAUUUUCGAUCACAAAUUCAGACGAAAAUUGAUGAACUAUAACAUGGACAUUCAAAAAAAAAUAAAAGUGGGGCAAACAACACAAGGACAGCACAUCCGAUCAAUCACCAUGUGCCUAAUAAAAAAAACUCCCAAGCCUCAAGGCCGCUUUUUUAUUCCACUUCAAGCCAAUGAACUCGUUCAUUGCUUCAAGCACAAGGUGGCACAAGGAUCUAACAGUGCUAAACUAAACAAGACAAGAGCAAUAGUGCAGAGAUCCCAUGCCAAGUAGGUCGUUUGGUGAUAAAAUCCUAAGAAGAGGGAAGAAGUUAGGUUUUUUAUUUUGUUUCACAGUAACACAGUAAUCACAUCAGUUUCAUAUUUAUAUUUAUAAUUUAAAAAACUGUUAUGUCAGACUCAGAGACUAUUCAAGGGAACACCUGUUCUUUUAUAUUCAAAAAAAGAAAUAUAAAAAAUAGAGGGACUAGAAAAAGACAAGCAUCAGAUAGUGAAGAUAACAGUGCAAAUGAGGAUGAUCAAACGAUUGUCAAACAUGGUAAACGUAAAAGCAGAUCUAAUCCAAACAUACAAAACACCAGUAAGUUGCAGAGAAAAAAGGAUAAGGAAGGAGAGGGACCAUCAUCAAGUAGUGAUGAGGAUUUUUUAGUCAGUUAUAAGUCCAACAAAUCUGCUAUGGCAGCUGGACCUGCUGAUCAAGGAGCUACUGCCACAUUUGAAAUAGACACUGAAAAAGACCGAGAUGCACAAGCUAUUUUUGAGAAGAGACUUGAGGUUAACAAAGAGCUAGAGGGCAAGGAGGACGACAAAGUCUACAGGGGGCUGAAUAACUAUACUCAGUACUACAAACCCAGAGAUACAGCAGCUGGAAAUGCUAGUUCUGGAUUAGUACGUAAAGGUCCUAUUAGAGCCCCAGAUAAUCUGAGAGCAACAGUACGAUGGGACUACCAGCCAGAUAUAUGUAAGGACUACAAAGAAACUGGCUUUUGUGGCUUUGGGGACAGCUGCAAGUUUUUACAUGACCGUAGUGAUUACAAACAUGGUUGGCAGCUGGAAAGGGAAUGGCAAGAGGGCUCUUAUGGUCAUGAUAGUGAUGAUGAGGACAAUACCAGAUAUGAAAUUCAUUCUGAUGGAGAAGAUUUGCCCUUCAAAUGUGUGAUUUGUAGAAAAAGCUUUGUUGACCCUGUAGUUUCAAAGUGUAAACACUACUUUUGUGAAAAAUGUGCCCUGGAACAUUAUAAGAAAAACAAGAGGUGCUUUGUUUGUAAUGCUCCAGUGACUUCUUUCAAUCCAGCAAAUAAAUUGAUUUCAAAACUCAAGAAUCUGGACCAAGAUGACCUAAAGAAAGAUUCUGAUUCUGAUGAUUAAUCAUCUAAACUGUUGCAGUGUGCAUAGAAAGAUGAACAAUUUUUUGAUAGGUAUCUAAGUUAUCAAUUUUACAAAUCAAAUCAAUUCCCCAAUAUAAAGCAUGGUUUAUUGUAUGUUAAAUUUGACAUAAGCUGUUCAAUGACCAAGUUCAUUUUCAUUUUAUUAGACUGGAAGAAAUAAAUUUGAAAUACUACCUGGACAAGGAUAUUUUUUUCAGUAAACUAUUUGAUGAAAACUUAUAAUUACCAAAGUAUUGUGUUGUUUGAAGAAUAAAUUUUAAAAUGCAGUGUUGGAACCAUCAAUAUAGUGAAGAAUUCAAAAGUAAAUCAACAUUCCUAUUAUUGUUUCCUAGCAAAAAAAAUAUUCCUUCAAAAUAUUCAGUGAAAAAAAUAACAUUAGCUGCCUCUAAGAAAUUUCUGAUUAUUUGUCCACUAAUUUCUCCUCUGUAAUACUAUUUUUAUGACAGAUACUAGGAGAAUAUUGGAUCUUUGAAGUUCAAAUUAUUUGACAAGAGAAGAAAAAAAAAAGAUCAGGGCAGUGGAAUAUUAUGAAAACAUGGUUGUGGGCCCAGUAGGUACUCAUCUUGAGUUCAAAUUGUUAGAAUCAGGGAAUGAAAUAGUUAUUUAUGUACAGGCCAGACAAUAAACAGCUUUUCUC